UACGCAUCGCAAUUCCCCAAUCCAAGACCGUAUUCCCCUCACCCCUCUCGAGCCCCCCCUCCGCAGCUCCGCCCCGCCGCGACGCGCCGCAGCACAGCCCAGCACACUCCUCGCCCCACGCCGCCGCAGGACCGCUCCUGCCUCGCGCGGCGGCCGCGGCAGCCGCGGAUAAGGUUGUCCGAAGUAGCUGGAGGGUUUGCUGAUGGCUGGUGCCUCAGCAACCGAUGAUUCUUCUGCGAGCACGGCUGGGAUGAGGGAUGACGAUCGCAGCCUGUCCGGCGAGUCCUUGUCGGAGUGGCGGUCCUGCGACCAGGGCGAGAGCGGAAGCCCUUCAACGUCCCCGCCAUUUUGGGACACCGAUUGCGACGAUGAUGAUCCUGCAGGCCCCAAACCUUCAGAAUUAUACAGUCGGCAUACUUGGAGGAUUGAGAAUUUUUCCAAGGAGAAGAAGAGAGAGAUGAAAAGUGAGCCGUUUGAGGCUGGUGGUUACAAAUGGUACAUACUUGUAUACCCUCAAGGAUGUGAUGUCUCCAAUCACUUGUCAUUGUUUCUUUGUGUUGCUAAUCAUGACAAACUCCUCCCAGGAUGGAGCCAUUUUGCACAGUUCACUAUAGCUGUAGGCAAUAUGGAUCCUAAGAAAAUUAAAUACUCAGACACUUUGCAUAGGUUCUGGAAGAAGGAGCAUGAUUGGGGAUGGAAAAAGUUUAUGGAGUUGUCAAAGAUUCAAGAUGGUUUUCUCGUGGACGAUGUUCUUGAAAUAAUUGCUCAAGUUCAAGUUAUCAGGGAGAAAGUGGACAGACCAUUUCGUUGCCUUGAUCGUCCUUACCGAAGAGAAUUGCUCCGUGUCUAUACGACCAAUAUAGAACAAAUUUACCGACGCUUUAUUGAGGAACGAAGAAAUAAACUUACCAAGCUCAUUGAGGACAAAAUUAGAUGGUCCAGUUUUCGUGCAUUCUGGUCAGCAAUUGACCCAAGAACCAGGCACCGUAUGUCCAGAGAGAAGACCGAUACCAUACUUAAAGUACUGGUGAAGCAUUUCUUUGUAGAGAAAGAGGUUACUUCAACAUUAGUGAUGGAUUCUUUGUAUACGGGUCUGAAGGCACUUGAAUACCAGAGCAAGGGCAAGAAAGGGAGAACAAAAAUAGCAGAAUUGGAUGAACUACCUGCACCCAUGGUCAGUGUUGAUAUGGACAUAUUUGUUUUGGCUGGUGAUGUUAUAACUUUACUUGAGAGAGCAGCCUUGGAACCCUUGCCUUGUCAACCAGUAUCUCCAAAGGAUGACAAAUGUUCCCAGAGCCGCAUGAAGGAUGGUAGUUCUGGCGAGGUUAACAAAAUCUCUAUGGAACGCGAAGAAAGACGCCUAACUGAGCUUGGGCGGAAGAUACUUGAAACAUUUGUGCUAUCUCACAUAUUUAGUGGAAUUGAAGUUGCAUACCAAGAAGCUGUUGCUUUGAAGAGGCAAGAAGAGCUAAUCCGUGAGGAGGAAGCAGCGGGACUUGAAAAUGAGAUGAAGGGAAAGCGUGGUGGUGGUGCCAAUGAAAAGGACAAACGCGCAAAGAAAAAGCAGGCCAAACAAAAGAAGAACAACCGUAAGGUUAAAGACAAGGAAAGAGAAGAUAAAUCUGAAGCAAGAAUUCUGGAAAGACUUAAUGACGAAAUCGCAGUUGAUGACAGUGAUGGCUUACCAUCUAAGCAGGCAGAAGAAGUGGCACUGAAGGUUGGCCUUACCUUGGAAGAAGGUGCUUCAGAUGGGCCAGAUCAUUUGGACAGUUCUAGACCUAUGAAUGGAAAGAGAGUCUCCUCUAUGGAGGCCAACUCAUCAGCAUUUUCAGCUGAUUCUACUGCUAUGAAUGGCAUUCACAGCAAAAUAAACAAUUUACCAGACAGCAGAAAUCACUUGUCACCAAAUAGAGGGAAAAAUCAGCGUAACAAGGGCAUAAGCAUUAUCAGUUAUGCCGAAGAAGACGAUUGCCUUCCCUCCUCCAGUGUAACUGGUAGUUCAGAUCGCAAUAGUUCUGGCUGUGGCACUGCUCCAAAAUUGGACCGGGAUACUGUUCUACUCACCUUGAAAGAUAGACUUCGUGAGCUGGGGCAGCGUCUCCAUGAGAAAAACAUUGAGGGGAGAAAACUUUUCAAAGCCCACUUUGAAGCAAUGGAAUCUCAAACAAAGACAAAUGGAUCAUCCUCAUCCAGUUCUACGGAGAAGCCACCUGAUGUUCUGAAGAGCCCGGAACAUUCCCCUGAACUUACGAACGAUGUAAAAGCCAAUGGAACAGCCAAUAAGGAGGUCCCUCUGGCCAAUGGUGUGCCAGAAGAAGCUGUUUCAGGCAUGCCAGCCACCACGAGUACUGAAGCUGUGCCUGUUAAGGCCCCUACCAGAACAAAGGUUGAUCCAGUUUCAAACAAAGAUCAUGGAUCAAGUUUGACAGCGCAACCAAUUGGAGCAGCUCCGAAUAGCUCAAAAUCAACUCCAACUGAUACAGAUAAAGAUGUUCCUCUUCCUUCAAGAUCGCCACGAAUCAAUAGAGCUGCUCCAGUUCCCCCCAAAUCGCCUCCAACUGAUAAAGCUACACCAGUUCGUCCGAAAUCCCCACCAGCUGAAAAAGCUACUCCAGUUCCUCCAAAAUCUCCGCCAACUCAUAAAGCUACUCCAGUUCCUACAAAAUCUCCGCCAACUGAUAAAGCUAUUCCAGUUACUCCAAAAUCUCCACUGACUGAUAAAGCUACUUCAGUUCCUCCGAAAUCUCCACCAGCUGCUAAAGCUGCCGUGGUUCCUCUGAAAUCUCCAGCGACUGAUAAAGCUAAUCUGGUACCUCUAAAAUCUCCAUCAGCUGGUAAAUCUUCUGUAGUUGUACCCAUAACACCACCAUCUGCUAAGGAUGCUGGCACUCCUUCAAGAUCACUGCAAGUUGAUAAAUCCAUACCAGCCCCCCCAAGACUACCACAAGUUGAUAAAGCUGCUCCACUUCCCUCCGCAUCGCCACAAACUUCUUCCACCACUUAUUCAGAAGCUCGGGAAGAGACUACUCCUAUAAAGGUCACAUCCACCAGAGUUUCUGAGGUUGCUGUCACAACAUCAAGGCCUUCAAGUGCCCCUGUAUUCCCUACACCAAGAACAACUGUACCAGCUACCCCACAAGUUCAAGUUUCUACAUUGCUUCCGCGCUCAGCGAGUGAAGCAGCUGGAAGAUCAGGAAAUGAUCCUUCCCCUUCUGCCCCAGCGUAUGUUCCACAGACCUACCGUAAUGCCAUCCUUGGUAAGCCUGGUCUGCGUACAUCCUCUUCAAUUCUUUCAUAUCAGUCAACUACUCUGGGACAAGGUACUGCACUUUCGCAGCCGCUAUCAACAUAUGCAUCAACUGCGUCACUAAUGAUGCCUCCUGCUGGGAGGAACGAUCAGUUGUUGUCAGCUAGGCAUGGAUUUAAAUCUGGGUUGGGGAAUUCAGAUACACUUGAUAGUUGGCAACCAUGGAAAGGUGAUAGUAGCAUCAACAAUCAUCUCUGGAGGGACGAUUCCCCUUACCAACGGACGACAAAUGGUCAUGCGUAUCAACAAACUUGGAAAGAUGAUGCUUAUCAGCAGACACGCGGUACUGAAACAGAAAACUUCAGCAGGUUUGGAGGAUUGCAACCACCUAGACAGACUCCUGUCAGUUUUGUCAUGCAGCAGCCACAGGCGCCCGUGGCUGAAGAAUAUCAGCACCUUGACAUCAUCAAUGAUUUGCUCGACGAGGGACAGAGCAAUGGCAGUAAGGCCGAGCCUAUGCGCCAUGAUUACCAUGCCUAUGGUCUGCCAUUUUCGCUGAGAGGCAACAUAGCAGAUUCAGAAAUGGCUUCUGUUAGCAGUCCAGGGCGGUUUAGCAGAGGCAGCUUGGCAGAUUUGGAUAUGGCCUCUGUCAGUAGUUCCAGGCGGUUUAGCAGAGGAAACUUGGUAGAUUCUGAGAUGUCUUCUGUGGGCAGUCCUGGGCGGUUUAGCAGAGGCAGCCUGGCAGAUCCUGAGAUGAUGGCUUCUGUCAGCAGUCCCGGUCGGUUCAAUUCCACGGACCGGUACUACGAUGAUGGGUUCUCGAGGGCCUAUGACAUGAGCCCUCUCCAGGGGGCGAGGGAGAUGCAGUUCUCCUCGCUGGACACAUACGGCACCAAUGGUGGCCUGUCCGACAUGAGCACAUCAAAGCCAUGGCUGUAUGGCGGGCAUAGCCCUGUGAAUCCGUCAUCGAUGAAUCUCGGAUCGCUGAGCACAAACGGGUUCCCGCAGCACCACCACCAGAUGGGGGACUACAGCAGCAACCUGGCGAGCGGGGUGAACGGUGUGGGCUCUGCCGCAGCCGCGUAUCGGCGCCAGGCCAACAACGGGCGCUGGUGAUGCGAUGGGAUGAUAUAUGCCUGUAUACAGUCAGUCUUACAGUCGAAGGAAAUAAUGCUUGUUGUAACAGAUGCUUGUGCCGCCAUGGGCAUGUAAUUUGAAACCUUUAGCUUUAAAAAAGGGGAGAAAAGAAAAGGGAUACAGUUUACAUUUCCGUAAA